GCGCUCCCGUUUAUUUUGGUUUGCGUAGUGGAUUCCGACGAAUUCCACUCCACUCACACCACGCACGGCGUACAGUGUACAGUGUCGAAGCCGCAGUGGGGGAGCGAACGUACACAACGGGAACGGAGAGAAACAUGUCCGGGAGGAGGAGGUUGUUGAUGUGAGUGCUCGUCUUCCUCAAGAAACCACACCGAAAGUAAAGAAUGGAUAGCUCCGAGUACGAAAUGGUGAGGAACAUGACCCUCCUGUUCUUCUUUGAGAAGCUGUUGGACAAGGGCGGCCCCAGGACACUCCACGAUCUGAGUUGCCAGUUCGGAGCGAAGGGUUUCACCAAAGAAAUGAGGCAAAUUGCCGGAGGGUCGCAGUCCGGCCUCAAGAAGUUCCUCACCCAGUACCCCUCGCUGUUCACCGUGGACGGCGAUCACGUGCAUGUGAACGCCUUCAACUCUACGCCGUCCGAUUCUGUGGACGGUGACAGGUCCAAGAGAGACUAUGCCAAAGAAGCUGUGGAUUACUUUGUGAACAAACUUCUGCAAUACGGGGCAGGGACCGAAGUCCCGAUCAAGAGCUUGCUGGGACACAGAUCUCAAGCAUCACCUGAGGUUCGUCACAUAUCAGGGCAGCAUGUCAAAGAGUUCCAUGAUUUCUUGUGCCGCUACCCUGAAGCGUUCAUUGUGAAGGAGGACACCGUGAUGCUCAAGCAGUGGGAGGGCAGAGAACCUCAACCUUUCCAUGAACUCGAAGAAGUUAAAAUUGAUUCCAAAACUCUUGAGAGGCUUUAUGAAUUUUUUGCUAAGGCUAUUUACAAGAAUGGACCGCAGCUUGUAGAGCAGCUGUUUCAGGCCUCUCUAACUUCACUACCUGAAGAUUUGUAUCAUAAUAUAUUCCACACUUCUCAAGAUCUUUCCACUGUUUUGAAGAUGCGUUCGGACAUGUUUCAUGUUCAGUCUAAUCUUGUCACGUUGGUAAACCCUAACAUGAAGUUUGAAGAAACAAAUGAAGAUCAAAACCAGGCUAACAACAAUACCAACAGUGGCAACAAUGUCAACAAUAAUCAAUUGGGACCUGGUGGCCUUGUCCCUUUGGUUCCACUGUCUCCUCCCCCGUCAACAAACGUUCAAAAUCAAUCCUUGAAACAACGAGUGAAUUCAGUCGUAAUGAAAGCCUUGGCUGACAAUUCCGAAAAGGACAGAAGCAUUGCUUCAGUAGCCGUACCAUCACCUGUGCCAAGCAGUGCUCCUGCAGCGCAGACUGCUCAAAGUGUUGAAGCGUAUAAAGCAAAAGUGUUCCAAUCAACCCGUGUUAUCUCCAAUGUGAAGGAGAGUUUGCAAGUGAUUGACGAUAUCUUCUUAAGAGUGAAACCUGGUGCACCUCCUGUUGCUGUGUCGAUGGAUUGCGAAGGCAUAAAUCUUGGUACUAAAGGACAGUUGACAUCCAUCCAACUUGGACUGAUGACAGGACAAGCAUUCAUCUUCGACCUUGUUACCUGCCCGAGCCUGGUCACCUCCGGAGGGCUUCAGAGACUACUUGAAUCAGAAGAUGUUGUAAAGGUCAUUCACGACUGUCGGGGCGACAGCGUCAACCUCUUCAACCAGUUCGGCAUCACGCUCACCAACGUCUUCGACACCCAGGCGGGCCACGCUAUCCUGCAGCUCAUGACGACCGGCAAGCCGGUGUACAAGGUGAAGAACGUGUCCCUGAACAACCUGUGCGCGGACUACGGCGCCCCGCUCAACCCCCUCAAGGACCAGCUCAAGAACGUGUACCGCCGCGACCAGCGCUACUGGGCGCGCCGCCCCUUCAGCAAGGACAUGAUGCUGUACUCGGCCGCCGACGUGCUGUCCCUCGUCCCGCACGUGUACAACGCCAUGAUCAGCCGAAUCACUCCAGAAUAUGGACAACUCCUGGCGGAGCUGUGUGACGAGCAGGUCUACACUUUAAUCCGUCCGACUGAAGUCAAGCAGCGGAAAAAAGUUAGAAAACUGAAUUGGGAGAUAACUGACUUGAAAAAUCGGUUAGCUCAAGCUAAACUUUCUAAAAAUAUUGUUCUCAGUAAUAGAGAAAUCAGAUUGCUCAGGUAUCUGGAGCUCACUGAAGAGGAGAAAGAGAAGCUGAGAGGGUCUUACAAAGUGGCCAGGAAGCUGGACAAACUAGAGGGACGAAACCAAGACCGAGACAGCAAAAGUGAUGAUGAUGACGAUGACGACGAUGAUGAUGAAGACAACGAUUGUUACAAUGGGGGCCCUGAGAGCAAUGAUUUUAAUUCCUUGGAUUCAAAUCAAAAUGCUAGUGGCAAGACUACUCCUUCAGAUAACUCACUUUCAGGUGGUGUAUCAUCGCCCCCCACUACAAUUUCCCAGCCACCCAGUUUGACUGAAACAAUGCAUCAAGUUAAUGAAAUAAUAUCUGAUGGGGGAAUAGACCGAUUGUUGAAAAUCGAGCGUUUAGAGGCUGUGCUGUCUGAGGCUGUGCUGUCCACUUCCACCCCCGACACAUCAUCGCUCAUUUCUCAAUCCUCAACCUCUGACAAAUGCUGCAAUUGCAAGUGCCAUGAAAGAAUUCAGAGCCGUUCAUUGGGUAACUCAAUGAGUUCUGCUCCUAGCAUUGGAAACUCUUCCGAAACGAUUCGGGCCAGAGCUUUAACAAACAAUGUUGGAAGCACCGUUGAUGCAGAAUGCCAGACAACUUGCACAGGUGCAAUAGUCAUGACCAACGUGUACUUUGGUCCAGAAGAAGUGGUCAAAGAGUUGACUACAUCACCAAAGAAGUGAUGAAUUAGUCUUAUCAGCAUUUCAAGUUUCCCAUGAAAAUUGUUGGCAUAUUUUCUAUUGAAGCACUUCUGUUUUGAAAGCAUAAAUUUUAAACACGUUAGUUGUGCUUCCUUUAAUACGGCUUGUAAGUGUCAGUUUGUAACUUAGGGAGUUAAACAUUUCAUGCAUUUUGGCGAAUUUGCCUUCUGUUAGAGCAGAGGGCUUCAAUUCCCACUUUUCGCACACUGUUCUUUCCUUACAUUUUGUUUUAUGGAAAAACGUUAAUAGUUUGUGGAUUCGCUGUAGCAUGAGGAGUAAGCAUUUCUAUCUGUAUCAUGUUAUUUGAUUCUUCACGGAAAUUUUUUUUCAUCUUUUAUUAUUAUGUUUGAAUCAUACUAGGAUAUAAAGGCCUUCAUAUUUAUUCAACUGCAGAGGAUUGACAUAUUUUGUGCCUGAUUCAUUAUGUAGUGGACUGUUUUCUAUUUUUAUUAUCACAGGAAUGAGUUUGUUAUUUAUUGGUUAAUUGUGGAUCAUGUGUUGCUUGUAUAGCAGAAAUUAAUGAGAUCUAUGUUUGUUAGGAUUUUACAUGAAUUUAUUAAGAAGAACACAAUGAAAAGACAACUAUGUUUGACAACUUGAAUUUUGUCAGAAUGGAAAGGAUGAAAUGUAUUAAAUUUUUGUUCAAGAAAAUCAUGUUAUGAUGUGAAAAUUUUUGUACUGGUGUACCUUGUGAGAAUUGUGUACAGCUCUGCAUUAAUACUGUUCUUAGUCUGUGUGUACUCCUUUAGUCUCCGGCUGAUUGUAAUAUAUUCAUAAAAGUAUCACUAUUACUGCAUAUCAGUGCUCCAAAGAUUAGUUGAGCUACUGUAGAUAUUAUGAAAGGCUAAUCAUCUGCUGAACCCCAAUGAAUGUGAGGAAGAACUGCAUGUUAAAAUUGUUCAUUUAUUUAUCCAGGUAUUCCAAAAGAAUGAGGAGCCUGGUUGGUUUGUGAGUGUUUCCUCUUUCUGUUUUGUACUUGGAUCUUUCAUAAAAUUACUAGAAUAGCCAUUUCCUUUCAUGGAAGUAAAUCCUGUGAUCGCUGUCGUAAUAUCAAAAUGUGAUGUGCAAUCAAAGUGGCCAUUGGUUCAUGAAACUCUCAAAGAUAGGUUUCCUUGAGCAGGCAACACCAAUUUAUAAUUAACUUGCUGAGGCUUUUGUAUGUUGUGCAGUAGAUCAAAUUUUGGUAUGUGAUCUAAACUGGUAGGUCUGUAUUAAUGUAUGGCUAUGUUAAAGCCAAUUGUGAUAUUUGCUUGUAUGUUCUUUUAUAUGGGAAUUUUUCUUCUUGUAUGGCGAUUGCCCAUAAUUAGGUGUGAUGACCGAACCACUGGCAGUAGUCAAUUCAAAUUUUACCAAAUUCACAGUCAAAUUCUUCCCAUUUUAGCCAAUUUUAAAAAUUUUAUGAAUUAUUUUUUUAAAAUGCAAUUCAAACUGAAGCCUGAUGAAUUUAUUAUUUAGUUUGAUUUCUAAAUUGUUUCAAUUUUGCUGUUGUAGAAAUUGUUGCCAGUGGCUCAUUUGACACAACUGUUAAUUUUAUCCAUUGUUUUGAAAAAGUGAUACCAUUAUCCACUAUUCUCACUGUUAGCAGGUUUCAAUAACCUAUGUUAAGUAGCCAGGAAAUUUCCAGCCGGUCUACUGGCUGUUUUUCCUUCUGAUGCUUCCAGGCUUGUAAAUUUCUACCCUUGUUAUGUUACAUGAGUGGGUGUCAGUAUUUUUCUAAUGUUGCACUGUGACACAGAUUGUACCUUGUUGAUUGUAAGGAAUGCAAAGUGCCACCUGUUCAAACAGUAUUUGUGUAAACUAUGUUAUUAUGGCCAACCAUUAAACCAGUGUGUAUUAUUCAUCUAUAUUUUCCCCCACAGAUUGAUAAUGAGUUACAAGAUGUGCCAUGGGCUAAGCUUCAUUGAGUAUGUGGGGUUUUUAAUUUUAUUGUACUUUUAAUUAUGUAAUAAUUGAAGCAAUGUAGAAUCUUUUAUAGAUUGAGCGCAUUUCUGAUGCCUCUAAUCUCUUCUUCCAUCUGAAGGACCAAGGUCCUCAACGCAACAUGAAUGUUUUCUUUAUUUCCCUUGAUUGGUCGAGAAUAAAAAGCAGUUUGAAAAGUGGACCAAACCUUAUUGCUACCUCAGUUAAUGUUCUUGACUUUGCUUAAUGUAACCAUAUUGUGGUACUGUAUUAGUCUAGUGACAAUAAUUACAGAUGUUAGAGUUUAAUGGAUCUGUGUUUCAAACAGCUUAUGCAACUUCAGAACAGAACAUGCUUUAUGUUCAGUGCUAUUAUCAUGGUCAAGUUAAUGUUCAGAUUUCUAAAAAGGAUUUUUUGGUUCUAAGGUAAGACAUUCUCAGUAUGUCUUUUGGUCUUAACAACUAAGCUGAUCUGGUGGUAAAAAAAAACUCUUUACAAGACGUUCUAGUUGCUUUUUGUUCUUUAUUUUGCUAAUGGAUAUCUCUGAAUUCUUAAUUUUGAUGUGAUUAUUGAAGUGCUAUGGUUUAUUUAAGUGAAGUCGAUAAACUGAGUGUUUUGUUUAUUUCUUUUUAACUUAAUUUAAUUUAUUUAUUUAAAGAAAUUUUGUGACAUGGGGCAUAAGGAUAGGGUACAAGCUUUAAUAUUGUAAGAAUUUUUUUAAAAGCGCCCUUUUUCUAUAUAAAUGCUGAUUGAUUAUGCUGAUCUGGACUAACUCAAACUUAUCAAAUACUGUGUUUAUUUGUAUGUGAUGGUAUGUGUUGUAUUCAUGUAAGUGUGCUUUCAUAUCAGCAGAACAUUGUAAGCAAUGUGACAGAGAUACAUGGUACUGAAUUGUAAGUCAGCUCAAAUUAGGUGUUUCAGGUGGACUCAUUAGUUCAACUCAAUAAAAUUUGUUUAUAAAAACCUCAA